CUCCAGGACAACAGAAACAGAUGAAGCUGAUAAGGAUAAUCUGAAACCAACAGUGAGUGUAGAUUUGGUAGAAGACCGAACGCUUGCCAGCUUCGUUCUCAUGCACCCCCGAGCCAGCGGCAUCUCCAGAUCUUGUGCCGUUCUCCAUCGCGUCGAGCAAGUAUAAGAUUAGAGCCAGCCAGCAACAACAGAUGCCUCCAAGGACUGUCUGUUUCUUUCAGUUCCAGAACCUGCCGAGAGGAAUAAAUACAAACUCUGGGCCCCUCCUCAAAUACGAAGGCUAUUUGUGUUGUAUUUGCAACGCUACCUCGGCCAGCUUGCCGAUCCCUCCUGAAUUCUACCGUUGCGUUGGAAGCAUCGCAAGUUCCCCAGAACGGGGGAGCGGGCCAAUCAAAGCAACGCCAUGACUUAUCAGUUGCUCGCAAAUGCCGCUCGACUUUCCAUCGACUCGUCGCCGUCGAGCGGGGAGGACCGCAGAAUCACUCCACAUCGGGCAAGUUUCUUGAGGAAAGAAGCUCCACAGGUCGCGUGUGUGAACUUUAGGGGGCCCACCCGCGGUUGACAGCGGCCAGGGGGCACUCAAAACACCACCACGGACCCUCGUUGCGACUUGGGCUUUGACGCCCCCACCCGCAUGUCGCUGAGCGAGAGCCGAGGGAACACUCGCUUGUGCACGAACCACUGGUAGACGGCUUCCUGCAGCGUAACGGCAGUGACCCGAGUCUCCGAAGCGGGCCCAGGAACGAUGAAGAGGCCAAGUCGGCCAACGAUAGUCGGCAACGCUGCGCUUGGGCCCUGGCUAGUGUCGUGUUUGCCUGAAGAAUCGCGAAACUGGUAGUCAGCACUUGUGCCACUGGGAACGACUCUUGUUCACCUUUGUGCUUCAAGCCCGUGUUCAAAUUAUUGGGAACCGUUCGAUACGUACUCGCAUUCAUCGAGUGCCCACACCAUGGAUUUGACCAGCUUAGCCCAACUGCAGACGGAGGGGGUUAACCCCCGGACGAUACACAUUGACCGCAUGUCGACAUUGGAGAUGUGUACGGUCAUCAACUCUGAUGACCACAGAGUAGCCGAGAGCGUCAAGGAAUGUCUAGCUGAAAUCGCCAGAGCGAUUGACGCCCUGGCACCGCGUGUACGUCAAGGAGGCCGCGUCGUGUAUGUAGGCGCGGGAACUAGUGGAAGACUGGGUAUCCUGGAUGCUUCAGAGAUCCCACCCACUUUUGCCGCUCCGCACUCCCAGUUCAUCGGGAUAAUUGCGGGCGGGGAUGCAGCUAUCCGACAAGCGCAAGAGGGCGCCGAGGAUAACGCUCAAGCCGGCGAAGAUGACCUGGAGCGCCUCAACCUGGACCCGGAGCUUGAUAGUGUCAUCGGAAUCGCUAGUUCAGGCCGGACGCCGUACGUUUUAGGAUGUCUUGCCUAUGCCAAACGGCGAGGUUGCGUCACGAUUGGUGUUGCAUGUGCAUCGCCUUCGGCGAUGAGCCGCUCCGGUGAUGUGGACUUUCUUAUUGCUCCGCUCCCUGGGCCAGAGGUUGUAACGGGCAGCACGAGACUCAAAUCCGGUACAGCAACAAAGUUGGUCUUGAACAUGCUCAGUACGGGCACGAUGAUCCGUGUGGGCAAGACCUACGGUAAUAUGAUGGUCGACAUGGUGGCAUCAAACCUCAAGCUAGAACAGCGGUCACGUAACAUGCUGCGUCGACUCAGCCCCAAGUGCAACUCCAUGUCCGAUUCGGAGCUAGAUGCACUUCUUGCACAGUCCAAGCGCAGUGUCAAGCUUGCAAUGCUUGUUGCCGAGACCGGGCAAACGAUAGAGAUCUGCCAGCGGCACCUGGAUUCGGCUGGAGGCGUGUUGGCUGCGGCGUUGGACGAAGCAUGCCCGUCCACCCAGACUGUUUCACCCAACGACAACUAUUCCAAGCGAUUUGCAUUAUGUAUCGACGGCGGCGGUACCAAAUGUGCCGCGGCAAUUGCCGAUAUCGCUGGCAACAUGAGCCAUGGCUAUGCUGGUCCUUGUAACCUGACUGACGGUAUUGGCAAUGUGCCGGGAGUAGUUGCUACGUUGGUUGACGCGACCAAGAAUGCACUCAAGGGACAUCUUCCAAAUGGCACGGAACCCAGUGAUGCAGAGUGGAAGCAAUAUCUGAGAUCCUGCUUCCGUUCGGUUUGGGUUGGGCUUGCAGGCCUAGACCGUGCUGGAGUGCAUAAAACAUUGACUCCGAUUUUGGCGGAGAUGUUCGGUCUCGACCAUACCACGGCUGACUUCCGGCUGACGAGUGACGUGGAUCUGCUCCCAGCAUCAGUCUCUGUAGACCAUCAUCCUUGCUCUAUACUUGUCCUCAUCGCGGGGACUGGUAGCGUUGCCAUGCGGUAUGCCUGGAAGGAGGGUCGAGGAUAUGUCCGCGUGGCUCGUUCGGGCGGUUGGGGCCACAUGCUAGGAGACGAGGGCGGCGGGUAUUCGAUUGGAUUGGAAGCCAUCAAGCAUACGCUUCUUGUCCUAGAAGAGCAGACUCUGGACCUUCGGCCUCCACGACUGGACGCAUUAGAGGAAGCAGUGAUCAGAAAGCUGGGCUGCGCGACAUCGAUGGACGGUCGGAUCGAUGUUCUCAGCCACAUUUUGUCCGGGCAUCACCAAGAAACCGUCAAGACUCGCAUUUCCCAGCUGGCAGAGACCGUGGUGGAACUGGCAUUGCACGACAAGACCGCCGAGGCAAUCGUAAAGAGUCAAAUAUCACACCUGGUCACCAAGACGGUGGGACGUCUGGUGGACUCGAGGAGCAGCGGAUAUGCAGCAGCCCAAGAGACCGAGUUGAUACUCGCUGGUGGGUUGAUGAGGAAUGAGGGAUAUCAGCGUACUUUGAGAGAGCAACUGAACCAGAGAGGACUUCAAUUUUCGCGAAUUCGCGUGGUGGACGACGUUGCUACGGCUGGGGCGAAGUCCUUGUUGAAGAAAAAUGAGUGAAGUGAAGUUGACCCAGGACGGCAGCCGAUACAUUUUGAUACAAGUAAUCCAAUAAUCGAAUAUCCUUGAAUAGCUCGCGAAGUGCAAGAUAUUUACAGAAAAGUCUCAUGUGUUGGUGG